AAGGGUGUGGACGGCGCCUACGGUUGCCAACAUUUGUUUGCUAAAGGACCAAUGUACUAACUGAGACGACAUUUGUAUGACACACUGGUGCUCAUGUUGACGGGAAUAUGAAUAGAAGAUCUGCAAAAUCAGUCAUCUCUGAGAAGUACGCGCGCUUCACCUCCGCAGCAGCUAUGGCGCGCGGACCAGUCAACGGGUCGUUCCUCCCAGAAUAUCAACGAUCCCCUUCGCGGACUAUUACAGGUUUAAGACGCUGGUCCGUCGUCAAUAAUGAGCUUCCAGGGGCACCGCAGGUAAAAGCGAUUCACGUGUAUGACUUCGACAACACAUUGUUCUCGAGCCCUCUCCCGAACCCACAGCUCUGGAACGGUCCAACCAUCGGAUUUCUACAGGCCUACGAGAGCUUUGCGAAUGGCGGAUGGUGGCACGAUCCUAAGCUGCUGGCAGCUACAGGAGAUGGAAUAGAAAAGGAAGAACUUCGUGCUUGGGAAGGAUGGUGGAAUGAGCAGAUUGUGCAAUUGGUUCAACUGAGCAUCAAACAAAAAGAUGCCCUGACAGUGCUCCUGACGGGUCGAAGUGAAGCUGGCUUUUCAGAGAUACUCAAGCGCAUCGUGGCUAGUAAGAAACUAGAGUUUGACCUUGUAUGCUUGAAGCCCGAAGUUGGGCCUAAUAGCGAGCGCUUCUCGACAACCAUGGUGUUCAAACAGACUUUUCUUGAAGACCUCAUUCUCACCUAUGAGCAGGCCGAUGAGAUCAGGGUCUACGAAGAUCGUGUGAAGCAUGUGAAAGGCUUUCGGGAAUUCUUUGAGAAGAUGAACCGAAGGUUCCAGUCUGAGAAGGCCCCCGAUUCAAGGAAGCCAAUCACUGCAGAGGUGAUUCAGGUAGCAGAAGGGUCUAUGUACCUCUCCCCUGUAAUUGAAGCAGCUGAAGUGCAGCGUAUGAUCAACUCCCAUAACCUUUCGGUCCACAACCCGGCACUCAAUGGGACCAAAUCGCCAUAUGGUCGGCUACACAUCAAGCGUACUAUAUUUUACACUGGCUACCUGCUAUCCAAUGCAGAUUCUGACCGUUUAAUCAGCCAAAUAUUGAACCCAUUGCUCCCCCCCGGGCUCACUGACUCAAAUGACUUGAAGUUUAUGGCUAAUAGUAUUUUAAUCUCACCUCGACCAGCGUCCCGCUCCCUUCUGGACAAGGUCGGUGGCCUCGGCAAGAAAGUGAAAUGGAUGGUUGAUGGGACUGGCGUCUUUGAGAAUAAAGUCUGGGCCGCUCGGCUUAAGCCUGUGCCAGCGACAGAGAAAUACUACACAGAGAACCCAAAUCCUUUCGUGGUCCUAGCGGUACGCAGAGGCGCGCGUCCCAUUGAUGCUUCAAAAAUCCAGAAUUGGCACCCCGUCCCCAAGGAUAAAGCUUUGACCCUCGACAGUGUGGUAGCCGAGAAAGUUGUCCUACGCGUCGAAGAGGAGAGCCCGGGCGAUGGCGACUGGGAGUACUCAUUCAUGAACAAAAGUAGCAAGAGGCGUCAUCAGCAAGAACGCGACGAGGAGAUUCUGUACCCAAACCACAGCAGUGCUGGAGGCCCAUCGCACGGAAGACCGCAUCACUCUAGCUCCCGCCAUGCUGGUAACUCGCGUGCUCCACAUGAUGAUGGGCCCCGUCGUGGCGGAUCAUAUCGCGGCCGUGGUCGUGGUUCUGGUUCUCGAGCCAGAGGCCACCAAAGUCGGGGAGGAGUUCGUGGCAGAGGCCGUGGGCGUGAUGCUGGCCCCCCUGGAGGCUACAAGUCCCUCGAUGAUUACGGCGGGUAUGAAGGAAGCGGCGGCGGAAGCUAUGAUGAGAAGCCAGGGCCGAACGGUGGAGCAGGCCCGGUGAUGAAUUACUAGCAUGUCCUCAAUUUCCACACAUACCUUAUACAUCACAAUAAUAUCCAAAUGAACAAUGCCACCGCAUGAAGAAUUGAAGUACUCCGUAACUGCAGGAAUCUUGCAAGGUGAGAGACAGCCAAAUGCGGAAGGUGGCGUGACAAGAUCCACAUCGCGUACUUUGUAUAGCCUCAAUAUAUUUUUAAAAUUUCUGAUUUCCUUCGCCCUUAUCCGCCGCCUCCUUCUUCCCUCCCCCCGCCCAGUUCUGAUCGGUGACCACCAGAGGAAGAU